AUCUUAACGGGGAUGCCAAAAAUAUCCAUAAGUAAUGAGAAUCGCCAAGACAGCCAGAACUCAAACCUCAAAUGUAGCAGCAGAAACAAUCAGUAAACAAGUCCCAAGACCAGUUACGACAGCCCAAUCAGUAGCCUGGCAUUCACUCAACAUGCAAGCAUCACAACUACACCAAACCCAACACUUCAGCAGGAGUAGAGGGGGCCUACGCAGAAGUUUUGAUCUCAACAAGAUCAUCACAGAGAUUCGCCACAACGUUAGACCACUUCAAAGCGUUCCUAGAGGACAUGAUCCUCAGAGCUACGUGUGGAGAUCUACGUUCAUCCGGAGAGUAAAGUACGAGACCUGUGCUGUGAACUACUACUACUUCGACCUCAGGAAUUCCGACCCCGAGACCGUCGAAGCCUUAAUCGAGAGGAGGAACCACCAGAGAGAACAUCCUAGCUUGAAUAAUACCUUGGUGAUGAGGCAUUGUCGGAGAACCCACAGCUGGUUUCUAUUUCCAUGCUGA